UUUUGGAAUAUUGAUGAUCUUACAUACCGUGCAUUCACUGUUUUUCAGUGGAUACACACACACACAUCAGAAUUCCCUUCCAAUAUCCCGGAACACUGUCCAUUGUCCCUGGCCAGGAUUUGCCCUGCUCCUUGCUUACAGAGGCUUCCCAAAAGAGAGAGUUUAAAACCUUAGGAUGUCCCACCUACCAGGGUGGAGUCACCCACAGUCUUGGGACUUCCCCUGUUGCUCAUUUAAAAGCCUUUCUCAUGCUUCUUCCUGGAGUCAAAACCCAUCAUGAAGACUUUGGGGCGGAAGAGUUUGCAGUUCCUCGUGAUAGUAUGCUGGUUUUUCGCGAGCCUGGAAUCCCCUGCAGAGGCUGAAAAUGUUCUAUGCUACAAAACUUUUGAUGAAAUCUCAGGGACUUGCAAUAACUUAUUGGGAGAUGAAGUUGCCCAGGAAGACUGCUGUCUAAACCAUGAAUAUGGUUUCCAGUCGACUGAGCAAGGGCCCUGCCAGUCCUGCCGCGAAGCUAAGUGGAGUCAAUGGACCUCAUGGAGCGCAUGCUCUGUCUCCUGCACUGAAGGUGUCCAGCGGCGCAGUCGCGUAUGUUAUGGCUUACCUUCAGAGCCGAUGGAAUGUCCAAGUGGUAGACGUGAGCGGGAAAUGAAGUCUUGCCUUCUGAAAGAAUGUUGCCCUAUCUUCUUUCAUGUUUUUCUUUUCAAUGCAGCUCAUGGAAACUGGGGCAACUGGGGACCUUGGCAGCACUGCUCCCAUACCUGUUCUGUAGAAGGCUCAGCUUCACAGCCUCAGCAACAACGAACCCGUCCAUGUAACAACCCUCCACCUUCUUCCAGUCCUCCAGGCAAUCCAUGUCCAGGAGCAAGCCGGGAAUCCCAAACCUGCACAGGACUGCCCUUCUGCCCACGGGAUGGCAACUGGGGCAGCUGGAAACCAUCCCAACCCUGCAGUGUGACCUGUGGGGUCGGCCAAGUCGUGCAGAAUCGUCAAUGUGAUAACCCUCCACCAAAGUAUGGAGGGAGGGCUUGCCUUGGGGCGGCUGAACGUAGACAACCCUGCACCAUCAAGGUGCCCUGCCCAGUGAAUGGUCAUUGGAGUGAAUGGGGGGCUUGGCAAGAGUGUACCCGUCACGAAAUUGGUUUUGAAAUUAAGUGUGAGGAAAUCCCUGCCAUUCAGAGGAGAACUAGGAAAUGUAUUGGAUACCGCAAUGGGGGCAGCCGUUGUUCAUUAUCCGGCAGGGAAUCCAGGGUCUGCUACCAUUUCGACGGAUGCAGUGUGACGGGACAAUGGACAACUUGGAGUUCUUGGGGUCUCUGUGAGCCAGCCUGUGGACCUGAACCUAAAAAGUCUCGUAAGAGAGUCUGCCAGGCCAUCUAUCCUAAUUUUCCAAAGGUGGUGGUAGGAGAGAACCAGAAGGAACAAAAUGUAACCUUUUGGGGAAAACCUAAACCUCAAUGUAAGCAGCUGGAAGGACAAAGCUUGGAAGUGGUGGAAGAAACACCGUGCCGUAAUGUGCCUCCUUGUGAAGACUGAUUCUGCAGAAAUGGAGUCUAAAAAUUGCUGUACUGGAAAUUCCUGCAAACCAUAAUAUAUGUGGUUGUGAGAAAUGCUGACUUUGCUUCCUAUUAUUUUUACACCCAUCAUCUACUGCUUUUUUAAUGAUUAAAUAAUCAUAGGGUAAUAAAUUACAUUGGACUUUUGUCUCUGCUAUGUACAGUAAAGGAGAAAAAAAAUGCA